AUGGCGCGCAUAGCAGAGACCCUCCACGGCGAUCACCACACACAGGUAACAGGCUGCACUUUGUCUCCAUGUGAUUCACAACACCAUCAACCCAUUAAUGCCAUCAAUACGCAAUGCAAAGCUGUUUUCUUUUACGCGUAUAUCACAACGUCACCACUCGCGUCCGUUACAUGGCUGGAAGCGUUGCAAACCGCGUGCUCAAAUCUUUUCGUGGCAAAAUCAAGAGAAUGGUUUGUCGUGAGGAAAGUUUGGAUUUUGGAUCUAGAAAUAGACUUGAGAAAACCUCAGUGUUCAGGAGAUGCGCGACAACAUGGUGGUCAUGCCAUUGGUGACAAGAAUAAGAAGAAGGAAAAGGAGAGUGAAAAAAUUUAA